CUCCUGUUGUCGCGAGCGAGGGAAACCCUGCGGAGCGAGGCGCGCUAUGCCUCAGGCCAAAGACCCACCAUUAUAGGCUGAAGGGAUGUUAAAAAAAAGAAAAGAGAAAAAAGAAAAACAAUUUUACCAAAAUCUGGGGCGUGAGGGGAUCACAUAAGCGAAAAGGCUUCCGCGCGAGAUCCCAAAGCACUCGCCCACAAGAGAGGCUGCCCGCUGUUUCUCUGCAUGAUUCCCUGCUCUGCCCAUGUCUCCUCCCACCAGCCUUUGCUGGGGUGGUGGUGUCAUUUUGUGGUCUUCUCCAACAGAUAUUAAGGCUACAGUAGAAUAUUAAGGCCACACAGCACAUCUCUGCGUGAUUAGGUACUCUGGCUAUACUUCUUUCCAAGUCAGCCUCUGCAGGCCCCUUUAGAUGCGAUUGGAUCAAUUCAAUCAGUUUCCAUGCAAAGAUUGUAGAAUUAGCCACACAGAGGAGGCUGCCAGCUUGCAUGACUCCUAGUCUCUCGAUGUUUGGUAGUACAGCAGAGUUCUCUGUGAAGUCCAGUGGAUUUUGGAGCCAGUGUGAUUGCAGAGAUGAGGCCUGCCACUUCCAUAGAUGAAGACGAAAGUAACACAUUUAAAAUUUUAGUUGCUACUGAUAUUCAUCUUGGGUAUAUGGAGAAGGAUGCUGCCCGUGGAAAUGAUACAUUUGUAACUUUUGAUGAAAUCUUGAAACUUGCUCAAGAUAAUGGGGUGGACUUUAUUUUAUUAGGAGGAGAUCUUUUUCAUGAAAACAAGCCCUCCAGGAAAACCUUGCACACCUGCUUAGAACUAUUAAGGAAAUAUUGCAUGGGUGACUGUCCUGUGCAGUUUGAAAUUCUGAGUGACCAGUCAGUUAACUUUGGUUUUAGCAAGUUUCCAUGGGUGAACUACCAAGAUGGAAAUCUCAACAUUUCUAUUCCAGUUUUUAGUAUCCAUGGCAACCAUGAUGAUCCCACAGGGGCAGAUGCUCUUUGUGCUUUGGACAUUUUGAGCUGUGCAGGAUUCUUGAAUCAUUUUGGGAGAUCGCCGUCUGUAGAAAAGAUAGACGUUAGUCCUGUUUUACUUCAGAAAGGCAGCUCGAAAAUUGCUCUUUAUGGGUUAGGAUCUAUUCCAGAUGAGCGCUUGUACCGAAUGUUUAUGAACAAACAAGUCACCAUGCUAAGGCCAAAGGAAGAUGAAGAGAGUUGGUUUAAUCUGUUUGUAAUUCAUCAGAACAGGAGUAAACAUGGAGCCACCAAUUAUAUCCCUGAGCAAUUUUUAGAUGACUUUCUUGAUCUUGUAAUUUGGGGUCAUGAGCAUGAAUGCAAAAUCUCUCCGACUAGAAAUGAGCAGCAACUUUUCUAUGUUUCUCAACCAGGAAGUUCAGUGGUUACAUCUUUGUCACCAGGAGAAGCUGCUAAAAAGCAUGUUGGCUUACUGCGCAUCAAGGGCAAAAAAAUGAACAUGGAGAAGAUUCCUCUCCAGACAGUACGGCCAUUCUUCAUUGAGGAUAUUGUGCUUGCUGACCAUCUAGACAUCUUUAACCCUGACAAUCCUAAAGUAACACAAACAAUACAGGCUUUCUGCAUGGAGAAGGUUGAAACUAUGUUGGACAAUGCAGAAAGAGAACGCCUUGGAAAUCCCCAGCAGCCAGUGAAGCCUCUAAUAAGGUUACGAGUAGAUUACAGCGGAGGCUUUGAACCAUUCAGCAUUGUCCGUUUCAGCCAGAAGUAUAUGGACAGGAUAGCAAAUCCAAAAGACAUCAUACAUUUUUCCAGACAUCGGGAGCAAAAAGAGAAAAAUGAAGAUGAAAUUAACUUUGGAAAGCUGGUCCACAAGUCUGCAUCAGAGGGAGCAACUUUGAGGGUAGAGGAUCUUGUAAAGGAAUACUUCAAGACUGCAGAGAAGAAAGUGCAGCUUUCCCUCUUGACUGAAAGAGGAAUGGGAGAAGCAGUGCAAGAAUUUGUAGAUAAGGAGGAGAAGGAUGCUAUUGAAGAGUUGGUGAAAUUCCAGCUAGAAAAGACACAGAGGUUUCUGAAGGAACGACAUACGGAUGCAGAGGAGGCAAAAAUUGACGAGGAGGUACAGCGGUUUAGAGAGUCGAGGAAAAAGAAUACCGAGGAGGAAGAUGAGGAAGUUCGUGAGGCUAUAAACAGGGCCAAAGCCCACAGAUCACAGGGAGCUGACCAUAUUUCUAGUGAUGACGAUCCCAUGGAUGUGGACACCGCUGAUCAAAAAGCUAAUGAUGACUCGGAUGAGGGCCUUUCUUCCUCACUGAGCCGGGGAAGAGGCAGAGGCAGAGGUCGGGCAAGAGGUGGAAGAGGGCAGAAUGUCACUGCCAGAGGAACAUCUCGACGAGGAAGAGGAGGAAACAGUGGCCAAGAACAGACGAAUUACAGUAGAACAUAUAAGCCUGUGUCUACCCCUUCAAAGAACAUGACUAUCAUGGACGCUUUUCAGUCAUCAAGACGGCAGCCCUCCAGGAAUGUGCCUGCCAAGACUUACACAGAGGUAAUUGAAGAUGAUGACUCUGAUGUGGAAGAAGUGUCCUUUACCCCUUCUUCCACCUCAAACCAAAGAGUAUCCAGCACUGCAGUAUCUAGCAGAUGGAGCUCAGUGAGCCAGUCACCACGAGGAGUUGACUUCGAAUCAGAUGAGGAUGACCUAUUCAAGAGUGCUUCUACUUCAAGAAGAAACAGACGAUAAUUUCAGAGUUAUAAUAAUAUGGAAGAGUAUUGAAGAAGAAAAAUUCCCAAAUUCUGUUAACAAUCUGAGGACAUAUGCAGCUUUCCUCAGAUCAUUUCAGUGUCAAUUACAUGUAGCCUUGACAUGUUUUAGGCUUCCUAGAUGGACAAUUUGUGUUACUGAUUCUGUAUAUGCAAUAUCACUGAAGUGCAUGAGAAUACUCAGUGGAAAUAGCCAUAUAUAAUAGCAAAACAUUUUUUUAAAGAUCGAAUCAGUCUUUCAGGAGGCAUUAACUGCUUUAGAGAAACUUUAAAGAUAUUUUUCUUCAUUAUCUUUUUAAAAUAAAUACUACAGAGGAAUAUAGUUCUCAGUAUGUGAGCAGACAACAUUAUUGCUUUUCCAGGUUUAUUAAUCCUUAAUUGAAGGAGUUUUGUAUGACAUAAAUCCAAUCUAUUCAGUACUGAAACUCAAACCCAGUUCAGUUGUUUUAAUGUUGGUGGGCUGCUAUAAGAAAAGCCUGCCAGGUAUUUGGAUAAAAAAAGUGACUCCUGCCCUGAAACUAAUUUUGAGCUCAAAAGCAGUCUUAAGGGUGGAGGGCCUGAGAACACAUAAACAGUGGUCGAAUAAUGCCUUCUUCCAGAUGUACAGAAAUAAUUUCCUAAGGACUUCACAGGUGGCUGGUUAUGUUGAGCCAAUGUGGUUUGGAUGCCUGCAACUAUCGGUAAAAACUGGCAUGAGAUUGAUAGAAAUGGCUCAAAAGUAGUAAAUGGAGGUGGUACAUGAGGUCCAAGUGGCAUUUCUUCUUAGUUUUGUAUCCCUGUCCAAACAGCAUACACAUUGUUUCAAUGACUUGGGGUGGUGGGGGGACACUUUAAAAAGGGAGUGCCUAAAUAUCAGUUCCACUUACACAUGACAGACACUGCUCUUAAGACCUGCUGCAUUGUGGUAUAUGUUGGUGAAUUUUGAGUUGUACAAUAUAUUUUCACAUAGAUGGUCUUUAUUCUGUCUGAUGAUAUUUUUAUAGAAGCAUAUCUGAAGAAGCAUAUUGGAGAACUAAGAAUGUUAUAUGUGUGAUACAGAUCAGUUAAAUACUGUCUGUGUUACAUCCCACCUCCCACCCACCCCAAUUUGAUCAAGAGUUCUGAUGGGUAUGUGCCUAUUUGUUAAUAUCAAAGGAUUUGGGUUUCGUAUAAACAUAAAAGCAAAAUAGAGGCUCUUGAUUAUGUUAUAAAUGUAAUAAACACAGUAUAGUAGUUGCAGUAUCUGCAUAAAUAGGUUGCAUCUCAGUACCGUGUGUGUUGCUUCAGAAUCUCUCUGGGCUUCACAAUGUAUUUUUGUCUCUCUGUUGCAUCUGCUAGCUAUAGAAUAUAGUUGGAUGCUGGGUACUAUUCAUGUAUACAGCCAUUUUGUCAACAGAUGCAGAAAGGUGGGCUACAGUCCAACCUGAAUUGCCUAACACUCAUUUCUACAGAUGUUGAAGUUGCCUGACACUCCCCUCUGCCUGAACUAAUUUUGUUUUAAAAUAGGUAUUUAUCCAUCACCUUGUUUACAUUAUUUGUUCAAAGAUCCUCUUAAAUCUGUGAACAUUCAAACUUUCUCCUACUGGAGAAAGGGGGGAUAGAUUUACAGUCAUGGUUGUUUUAGAUUUGCAAAUGGGAGAUUUCAGGAGGUGGGUACGUUUUUGUGUUUGACUCAAAAUAAAUAAUAAAUGCUGCCAAAUGCUUGGUGUACUUCUGUGGAUCUUUCCCACUUUGGUAUCCAUGAUUCCUUUCUUCCGACCCUUCAGUAUUAGCUGCACAUGCUCUAUUUAAUCCUACCGCUGUACAACAUGGGUCCCCCCCCCCCUUGCCUAGAAAGAAACAAACAUGUUUUUUGUAAAAACAAAAAAACCAACCUGUAACUUACUGGGAUUUCAAAAUGUCCCCCCCACCCCCUGAAGACUGCUUAUGGAGGUCCAUCAACACUGCAUAGUUGUGCGAUUUAGUUUUUCAUUCAGGGUCUAAUUUAUUUAAAGCCCAACAGUAGAACUUGUUAUGAAUGUGAAUAAAACAUAUUAGUAUAAUGUUUUAAAACUCCAUAAUGGAAGAUUUGUUAGGGGCAUGCAAGGGUUUGUGUGUGCCUGAAGAAUAUUUUACUUGAAUUCUUUUAAUAGGUCUUGUGGUAGCAAACAUGACUUGUCCCCUUAGCUAAGCAGAGUCCACCCUGGUUGCAUAUGAAUGGGAGACUUCAUCUGUGAGCACUAUUAAGAUAUCGAGCUGCUCUGGGAAGAGCAGAAGGUUCCAAGUUCCCUCCCUGGCUUCUCCAAGAUAGGGCUGAGAGAGAUUCCUGCCUGCAACCUUGGAGAAGCCGCUGCCAGUCUGUGUAGACAAUACUGAGCUAGAUGGACCUAUGGUCUGACUCAGUAUGUGGCAGCUUCCUAUGUUCCACUGUGCCGUCUGUCAAAACUCCUCUCAGUUUCAAAAUUGGUUUUGAAACUUAGAGGCCAUAUGAGGGGGUUGUUCAGGUAAAGCACGUUCAGAGUCUCCUUGGAUGCCCAGAGCUCAGUGACAGCCAGACUAAUGAAGCACUUGAGUGAAUGUGUUGCAUCAAGCUAGAUGCACCACGUCAAGCUUGCCUUCUAGAUUAGUGUUGUUCUGACUAGUGCAAACGUUUGCUAGCACAACAAGGUGUGCAACCUGUGGCACAUUCAGUAUGUCUUGCAGAAAACCUUUGCACAAGACCACAGUUCAAAAAAUCCCCGUGAUUUUGCACAGCUUGUCCAUUGCUCAAGUGAUUCCUUAGUCUGACUGUCAGCCACUGCAUUCUAGUCAUCCGUUAAAAUGUUUAGCUAUAGCUUAUUGAGGGUGUUUGCCCUAAGCAACUACAUGGUAUUGGAAGCACUGAGAAUUAUACAUUUAAAAGGGUUCAAAAUGUCAGCAGUUGCCUAUGUUAAUAGGUAUGUGCUUGUGUCACUCUUGGGACAACUACCUUUCCCCAAGGCACUUACAGAAUUUGCUUUUAAAAAAUCCCAAACAUGAAGCAAUCUUCAGUGUAAACCAAAACAAUACAAUAACAAACUACAAUACCACACUACAAGCCUUGUCACUUUAGCUUUCGAUGGAGGCCACUGGAGUUGUGUUUUUUACUUUUGACUUUUCAUUAUUGCUUGAUCCAGUUUAGAAAUACACAUUCAGGUGGAUGGUAGGCUAGUUUUUGCCUUGUGGGAGAAGCGCUCAAGCCUCCGCUGCAUGAUGAAAUCUGUCCAAGCAAGAAGUUGCUGCUGUGUAGCAAUGAAAUAAGUAUCAAGCCGUAAUUGAUGAUGAUCCUUUCUUCCUCCCUGCUUGUGUUUGGGGAGAAUGGUGCCAGACAAUAGACCCCUGAGGGGAGUGAGCAUAGAUGAAACAGACACGUCAGAGUAGAAAUAAGGCUGUGUAAACCAAUAGGCAGCCUUCCUACCUGGUCGGCUUUUGAAGAGGCAAUGUGCUGACAAGCUCUGAGAAGUGUGCCUUGAUUGCAUGAGAGACUUGCAAAGCACAAGCAAUUGUCUGGAACAUCUACUGGCAUGAAUACCAAGAGAUUUCUGCAUCUUGUUCUCAUCAAGAUGUAAGACAGUGUCUCCUAACAGAAGCAGAGAGCAAUGCUGUUCUUAGAUGGGUAUUUCUGAAUCUGGAGAGUAUUGGUCUCCAGAAAUGGUUCUUCGUUAUGUGUGGCUCUUCCUCCCUUACUUGGCUAAUGCUCUUGAGAGAUCAGAAAAGCUUCCAGCCAAUGCAAGUUGGGAGGCAUCUUUUGAAAUACUGAACAUCUCUCAUUUCUUUUCGUGGACAAAUUAUACCCUUCAAGACUGGCAAAGCUUUCUGGAUGGGAGACAAUAUGGGACAGGAUCCCAGCAUCUUAUUGUGAAAGCCUUGCUCAUUGUGGCAUACUCCUUUAUCAUAGUAUCCUUGCUCUUUGGCAAUGUCCUGGUCUGUCACGUCAUGAUCAAAAACAAACAGAUGCAUUUCACCACCAGCCUGUUCAUUGCAAAUCUUGCUGUAGCAGACCUAAUGAUCACCUUUCUCAACAUGCCCUUUACUUUGGUAAGAAAACUGGUGUCUCUCUCUCUCUUUUUGGGAUUAUUAAUGAAAGAAUAUUUGCUCAUGUCUGGAUAUUUUUAUUUAAUGUCCUUUAUUGGAUAUAUGACAGUUUCAAGUAUGUCUGCCCAAGUUCUUUUGUUGUUGAUGUAGUGGGUUUUUUCAAGCUUUUAGGGAAACACAGCUUAAGUCUAAAUCGUGUAACCCCUGCUAAGUGGGCAAAGAGGCAACGUGAUUCUCUUUAUUUAGUAGGGGGAGAGUAACUGGCCCUAUCCACCUCCAGCACAGGACCUCCAGUGACUGUUGCUGGUGUCUAUCUAAUGUUUCUUUUUAGCUUGUGAGCCCUUUGGGGACAGGGAGCCAUCUUAUUUAUUAUUUUUCUAGGUAAACUGCUUUGGAAAUGGUAUAUAAGUAUUGUUGUUGUAUAGCUCAAUAUGAAGUGCUUUGUAAAGGCAGGUUCAGUGUAUAUUUCUGUUAAGACAUGAAAAAGAGCAAGCUCUAGUUUCCACAAUAAACCUGAAGUUCUAAAGUG